AUGGCUCUGAGCCGUUCCAGUAGCUCGGGACCCGGAUGGUUGCCGGUCAUCUUCGGUCGGCAUUGGCACGCAGAUCUGGCCUCGACAUUCCACCAGGCCGGGUUGCGAUGCAAGUUGCUCCAUCUACGGAUAUUUCAUCAGGUAUCUUGCCCACUUUACGGCGGACACAAACAAUAUUGUACAUUUGACGACGCACCGGCCUCAACUCGGACUGUUGGAGCCUGCUCCAAUGAACCCCCCUUUGCAAACACCAGAUCGCGCUACUUGAUCCUUCUCCGUUUCACGAUGGAAACAAUUUAUCUGGAAAUAACGUCGUCGACUAAAUUGUGGCCGCGUUCUUGGCAUCUCUCCACUGGAGGACCCUUGUCUUGGGCCACGUUCCUGCGCUUUGGCUACGGAUAUAGUUACGAGUGCCUCCAUCAAACUGAUGACAAUAUCGCGGCUUUCACUUGUGGUUCUCACGAUCUCGCCAGCAACUCGAAUUCAAGUCUGCAGCGGGAGAACCGCAUGGUCGAUAAGCGGGCCGAUUGUGGCAUUGGCCUUCUCAAUAGACUGAAAAAUGCCAGCCACGGCUUGACGACGGCGUCGUCUGGCGAACACUGGAAUGCCAUGCUCUUGUUCAACAAAUUUUGUGAGGACCGGCAAUACGUAUUCGAAGAGGCCCGGCCCGGCUCCGAGAGAGAACACAAGGGAAUUGGGCGUGUUAGCAAAGUCAAAAUGCAGAAUGACUUGUGUGCCUCUAACAACUACGUACGGAUACAGGGAAUGGAGGGCAGCUUGUGGGGUUCGUACGCGGCAGUUCAGGGUGCCGCCAGCAACACACUCGAUGGAUGCGUGGCUGCAUCGCCAAGCUGCAUGAUAUGGCUUCGUAAAACCCAGCGUAGGGUUACAUGGAAGGCGAUACGAGGGCAAGACAUGCAGACGUGCAGCAAGCUGCACAAGUGGACAACCACAUUCCUACGGUACCUCUCUCUCGCGAUACCUCACCGAGUCUUAUAUGGCGUGUUUUGCAUAGAGACCUUGCUGCGCUGGGAGCCGCGCCUUUUUGCGAUAUACGGAUUGCGUUUGUUCGGAUGGCAAGCAGAAUUUCUUACCAAGGCAAGCAGGCAGUGUUACCACCAACCGAGACAAUUGCUGUUGGUCAGACUCAGAGUCAACAGUCUAGAGUCUCGGGAUGAGAUGCUGCGGUUCUAUCCACUGGGUGCGCCUAUUCAGGAGAUCGCGCCAUGGCCGAAUCCAGCGAUUGACUCUUCUUCCGGUUUCGUCUGCAUCUGCAGCGUUUAUUCACUAACCGUCUGGAUAUCACUCACUGCCGAGAGCCGCCGAUCUUCCUUCUUCUUUGCGAGCCCAAAAGCUAACCUCACCAUGCUCGAUGGCUGGGAUAUCUUGAGGCUUCAGAUGGCGCGGUCGAACUUCUUGUCUGUCGAUCUCUCCGUACCCAGCGUGACAGCCCUCGUCUGGGUCGACACCAGCAACCUCAACCCGUUGAUCAGGAGUAGGGGUAUUCCGCACCCACACCGGCAGUCACGUGUUACGCUUCAGGCGCGCCUUCCUAUUGUUUUUGCUUCUAUCCGUACGGAGUACAUGGACGCGUAUUUCCCUUACCUAAACACCUCGUUUUCCAACUAUCAGAGGAAGGUGCAGCAGAGGAAGGUGCAGCAGAGGCAAGUGCAGGAGACCAAGGCGGGACGCGCAGAAAUUUCCGGAAUAAUAGUGGCUCCGGGCAAGAAGUGGCUGCUGCGGCGGUGCAAUCACGUGCAGCCCUCUACUUGCUUGAACGAGCCUAGUAUGGGUGCGGGAUACCCAACGUGUGGGUGCGGAAUACCCAUACUCUUGAUCAGAAGACAGAAACGACGCCGUCCAACUCGGUUGUGCGGCGCACAUGGAGCCACCGUGCAUAUCGAGCUUGUCAGGGAACUAGUCACAUCCCCCUUUACCCCUUCCCCUGCCGCAGCAGACUUGCUUCUAGCCUCCAGUCUUGACAUUUGCAAGAAGCGCACCACAGGCUGCCCUACAAAGCAUGUUCAGGCGACAAUGUACAAGGCAUGUUGGCCAUUGUCCUACCCUCCGACCAUGCUCUCAUACAGAGUGGUCGAGGUCCUUGCCUUGAGCAGUGAGGAGAAAGGAGGAGGAAGCCGGCUCCGUGUGGUGUCGGUGAAGCGUGCGAACGCCCGGAGACAGUCCCAAAGCGGCAUCCGAUCACUGGUCCAGUGUAACUCGGAUGACCAACAAGGCGUCUAA